AAUUCGAUAUUUACAAUUAAGAAAACAAAAACCCAACCCAACCCAAAUCGAACGAAAAUCUAAAGAAAACUCUCAAAUUCUCAAAAUCAUCAUGCAGUUGCACAGAUUACUUAUCGGAAUCGUUAUUGUCGUGAUAGUCCUGCUCUCGCAAUGCUCGCAAGAGGCAGAAGCUCGUCGUCUGAUAUUCUACAAUCCGCGAAGCACUACAUUAACCGGACAGCUGCUGGUAUCCAGGAAGCUGCCUCGACCCUGUCCCGAUGGCAAAAUGCGGGAUCAUCGCGAUCGUUGUCGGCGAGCGGUUAUUUUUGGCCGCCCCAAGUGAAGGUCGAAAUUACGUAUAAGAAUGGGUAUCAGGAAGAAAGGAUGUUCACUCACUCACCCCCUCUGCUUGCUUCCUGCUUUUCGUCUAGUUUUCAUUUCUCCAUAAAUUUCUGUUAAUUCGUUUUUUUUUUUUUUGCUAAUUGUAAGUUUAAUUUAUUAUACACACAUAGUAUUUAUUUAUAAUAGAUUACGAAAUAGUUGCUAACUAAUUGCUAAAUAAACAGAAAAGUUUUAUGUAAAAAAAAAGAUAGUUAAAAUAAUAAUGAAAAAAAAAAGAGAAUUCAAAACGUAGUGGAAAUUUUUACACUCUGCGAACCU